CAAAGGAGCAUUAUUAUUAGUAUUAUCCCCUAUUGUGGCGGCGCGAGUAGUGGCGGUGGAACCUCUUAAAUACUUCCACCACACCAUACUCGAGAACCACCGCCAUCGUCUCGGUACAUUCGCGAAUUGAUUCUUUCCAUUUUUAUAUUCUCCUCAAAAAAAUUUCGAUUUUCCAAUAAAAAAUAUCACUUGCCAACGAAAGUUCUGGCUUUUUCGUUAUCCACAUCUCCCUCUCUAUAUAACUCCAUAUCGAUCGUCUACGUUUUCUUGAGCCUCACAUUUCCGUGUCUGCAAAUUUUCUUGCAUUACCUUCUAUACGACCCGUUUUCAAGCCCGUUAAGUUAUUCAUUAUCGCCAUGGCAACUUGUGUACACUCUUCAAGAAGAGAAAGCCCUCCUCAGACAAAACCAAACAGAACCCGUGUUGAUGAUCAUGUGAUUCAAAAUUAUGUUAAAUAUUGUAGACCCAAUUCUGCUGACAUUGUUUCUUGUGUCCAUAUUUCAGAGAAAAAGUCGAAUGCCCUCCACACGUGUGCACCCACAGUUUUGGAUGAUGGUAAUGCUAAUCAUGAAGAAGAUGUGGAUAAUUUGUGGCAGGUGAUGAAGGACGAGGCCAGGUCAGAUAUUGAUCAAGAACCCAUAUUGUCGAAUUAUUAUCUCAGUUCAGUUUUAUUGCAUGAUUCUAUGGAAAGUGCUCUGGCUAAUCAUCUGGCCAUGAAAUUGAGUAAUUCUAGCCUGCCUAGUGGUACCCUAUAUGAUCUUUUCCUAGGGGUGCUCACAGAGAAUCAAGAUAUUAUGAGAGCUGUAAAAGAUGAUUUAAGGGCAGUUAAGGAGAGGGACCCUGCUUGUAUUAGUUAUGUUCACUGUUUCUUGAAUUUCAAAGGAUAUUUAGCUUGCCAGGCUCAUAGGGUAGCACAUAAGUUAUGGUUAACGGGGAGGAAAAUCCUGGCUCUGUUGAUACAAAACAGGGUUUCUGAGGCUUUCGCUGUGGAUAUUCAUCCCGGGGUGAAAAUCGGUAGGGGGAUUUUACUUGAUCAUGCUACUGGAGUUGUCAUUGGAGAAACAGCAAUAAUUGGGAAUAAUGUUUCAAUUUUGCAUAAUGUGACAUUGGGUGGCACUGGUAAGGUAUCUGGGGAUCGGCACCCAAAAAUUGGCGACGGGGUACUGAUAGGGGCAGGUACCUGUGUUUUGGGCAAUGUUAGAAUUGAAGAUGGGGCUAAGAUUGGUGCAGGGUCUGUAGUGCUAAAGCAGGUGCCUGCCAGAACUACUGCUGUAGGGAACCCUGCAAAAUUGAUUGGAGGGAUAGAGAAUCCCAUUAAGCUAGACAAAUUGCCUAGCUUGACAAUGGACCAUACAUCUCAUAUAUCUGAAUGGUCUGAUUAUGUUAUCUAGAGCAUCCAUUUUUCUAGUUUUGCUCCUUGGUGAUGUCUAUGUAGUAGGCAGGAUUCGAGUCUUUUGUUUAUGCUUUUAUGAGAGAAUUGAAGUUCUCCUAUGAGCUCCGCUUAGUGAUGCUUUGUACUUGAAUAAAAUAAGCCUUUCUGGGCUUUGAGAUUUUGUAUUAUACCGUUACAUUCUCUAUAAUGAAUAAUUGUUAGCUCUAUUUACUGAA